AUGAUUGCGAGCGGUCUUGUGAGAGACGAGGAAGACAGUCCUGGCACAGCAAAAACAGGGAAUGACGUAAUGUUGUCUUCAUCGUUCGUCGAACACGCAGCCCUCGGUUUCGCAUUUGCCGUCCUGUCAUUAUUCGUAUUGGCGUUUGCCAUUAUUGCUGUGGUUUUGGUCACCAUCACAAACAGUUGCUGGUGGAAUUGCGAUACGGAAGGCGAUCCAUUGAUGGAAGACUACAACUCGUUGUUUCCUCAGGGAGAGGAAGAUUGUGAAGCACACACGGAGCCUAUAGAUACUGUCAUUGGGAACACUCCUAGAGAUGCUGAAAUUGUUUGA